AUCAAAAAGCAUGACGAGAAUUCUCAACCCGAGAUGUUAAAAGGUGCAAAAUCAAUGGGUGCCGGAGCUGCUACAAUUGCUUCAGCAGGAGCUGCUGUCGGUAUUGGAAACGUGUUCAGUUCUUUGAUCCAUUCCGUGGCGCGAAAUCCAUCAUUGGCUAAACAAUCAUUUGGUUAUGCCAUUUUGGGCUUUGCUCUAACUGAAGCUAUUGCAUUGUUUGCUCCAAUGAUGGCCUUUUUGAUCUUAUUCGUAUUCCGAUCGAAGAAAGAAGGUUUCAGUCUCAUAAAGCAAGACCUCUUUCACAUAAGAAAGUGGAGGCGGGCUUGGGUACGAUCUAACUAAAAUGAUUCCACAUGAAAGAGGAUCGGACAA